AUGCCUCUGACGGAAAUGAUUCGCGCCGGCGGCGGCCCAAGCACCGCAUCUAUCGGUGCAAGCAGCGCCACGGGUGGCUCCAGGGGCACUGGAUCAAGCUCAGCGGCUGCUAUGGCCACAGCAGCUUGUGUGUUUCUGUCCUUCCUGGCUUCAUCGUCCUCCUCUCUUGUGACGGCUCCUGCUUCGACCUAUUCUGUGCCCUCAGUUCCAGACACCAGUGUAGCAGGUAUGUGCCUUACUUACUACGUAUUGCUUUACGUCUUUCGUUGUUUCUCGCAUCAAUUAGGUCACUUUUUGUGUUUGUUUGCGUUUGUGUUAGUUGUGGGUCAACCACUGGCCGCCGCAACACAUCAUCUUCCAUAA